CGUCUCUACCGAUGUGACAUCGUGACGUCACUGAAAGAAAAGUCGCUACUUCCGCCUUGGAGAUGUUGAAAAUGGCGCUGUUCAUAGCCAAGCGUGAGGUUAUUAAGCUGGUUUUCCUGAAUAUUGAAGCUUCAGAACAGGGUGGUUUCUCUUUGAGCAGAAAAGUGUAGUUCCGAAAUCUUCUUCCGAGAAGGUCAGUGACAUGAUUAUAACCGCAGUGUCAAGUUAGGUCAUUUUCGUGUUACUAUUUUCUCCUAAAAGUUUGGAUGAUUGCAAGGUAACAUUUUAUUUUAGCGAAAUUGGUUUGGUGUUGAAACUCGAAACUUGGUACAAGAGUAGUUUACUUCUAUGGGAAAGCUGUUAUAAAUUAGCAUGAUUAAAAUGAUCUCUUGAAUUGUGUUUAGUAAGCAUAAAAAACCUUGCUAUUAAACCAAUACAUUUCAAGGCGUGGAUUUAAUGGCAUGGAAUGCUGCCCUGAUUGAAAUGAUUGAAUGAGUCGCUUAUGCCACUGUAAGCACGUUGCUAUCAAAGAGUAGUGAAGUAAUCUCGAGCAACAGAACAUAAAAGAGUGGCCAUAGGCCCUUGGCAGCUAGCCAUGCCAGAGCCUUAGCUAGCGGGGGGAGAGGGGGUUGGGGGGGUGGAACGAGCAAAAGUCGCCCUGGGACAUGACAAACAGGAAAAGAUACAUAACUUUAAAUGGUAAUUUCCUUUGUUUGUCUUGUCCCAGUGUGACUUUUGCUCUCCAUCAUGGCCAUUUAUACCGCGUGAAUAGCUAGCUGCAAAAGGCCUAUUGUGGGGAGGUGGCUGUUGUAUUUUAAGAGGUUUAUACCACGUGAAAUUGCUUUUAUUCCAUGAACCCUAAAGCGUGUAGUAUGGGACCAGGCUCCAGGUAGUCUGAGGAGGGGAAAAGGGUGUCACCCCAGUCUCCCCUCGUCCGACCCUACCGCCCGCCCUCUUAUUCCCCGCAUACAACCAUCGCAUACUCCCCACCAUCUGAACGCCAUGUUCUACUAUCUGAAUGCCUGGAACAGGCUAAAGUUAGGUAGCAUCAGAAGCUUGGUGUGGUGAUGUCCCCUAUCGUUGUAUCCAGAUGCAGUGUAAUACUGUGUUUAUGAAUUGUUCUUACAAUGUACAGCUGUAAAUAACUUACACAUGCUAUGGUCCAAAGCUUAUCCCUGACAACAUAAUUUAUAUACUUGGGUCAAACUGCGAUAACAAAUAGGACUUUAAUUAUGCUUGGGUCGAAAUUGAUAUUAGAGUUAAGACCUUAUUAUCCUUAUUUCCAGUUCCUUUUAAAAAAUAACUUCGGUGACAGUACUUUAGGUGGCCAUUCUGUCAUGCAGAUGAGCUAUUUGUAUUUGGCAUGAAGGAAUGCCACUGUGCAAAAUUUCUAUCUGAAAAUAUUUGCUCCAGUUAAUAUUAAAGAGUAUUGACUGCAAAAUAUAACAAUGACCUUAUGACAUCACUAACAGCAUUCUGACAUGAAGAAAAGUUCAGUCACAGUUCUGAAAGAAGAUGACAUGACAUCAGCUGCUGAAGGUUCUCUUCAAUUUGGUGAUGACAAUUUAAGAGGUGGGCAUAAAAAAUGGUGCAAGGCGCAUAAAAGCCAAAGGCUCAUACGGCCGGAGAAAGCAUAAAGCAUAAAGCAUGCCUAGGAGUAUUGCUACCCUUGUUUUGCACUGCGCAUCACCUAGUGCGCAUAACUUUGCCACUUUAAAGGUGACACUGAUUUUCACCAGUCACUUAAAAAGGUCUAAAAAGAGGUAACAAUGGCCCCUUAUGUACUCCUAAUGCUUUUUAUCGCGAUUUUGAUUACUCUACACGGCUGAAAAGGUGUUUGUCUUGAAACUCACCCCAGUCCCCUCGCGCAAAAUAAUUAUUUAAAGCAAAAAUUAUCCUUUGUCGUCGUUUUGCCAUGAAACGAGAACGGUGAUCCUCCUUUUUUAUUUGUGUUUUUUACUCGUUAUGGCCACACAAAAAAAUAUGUAUUAAGGAGAAAAAAACCUGGAUAGUAGAAUUUGUGUUUUUUUAGAUAUAAAUGACGCGGAUUUCCGCAUUUAGAGCCACAGCGAGGUAAGAGAUAAUGAUUUAACAGUCCAUUUCUCUACAGGAGGGGGACAUGGGGGUUUACGGUAUUGCGGUAUUGGGCUUUUUUUCAUGCGGUAUUUCGGUAAUUUUAAUUUUAACGUGCGGUAUUGCGGUAUCGUCUAGCCUUGCGGUAUGCGGUAUUUCAUCAUUUUGGCUGACGGUAUUCGGUGAAAUAUGAUUGUUUACGGUAUUGCGGUACGGUUGUUUGCGCUUUCCUUUCGAUACAAUACGCGAAACAAAACACAGUAAGACAUAAAGGUCAAGAAAAGUUAAUAUUUAAAAGUCUUUAGACAUAAUGGUAAAUGAUUACACCAUUUGUGGGUCAUUUUGUGACAGUUAACGGUCGAUAAUAAUAGGUCAAGAUACAAUGAGAUUGUUGUUGCAUCCAAUCACAAUGAGUUGUCUCAAGGUACCUUACCAGGCACGUGUGCCGGUAAUUCGAGGUCUUACACGUUUUCUCACGAUGGCUGAGGCCGCUUUGGUUCAAGACGGUCAAGACGGCGAAGUCAUCAUUGACUGCGUUGCAAUUUUUUACGAAGAAGGCAAAGGAGGGGAAAAUUAUCGCAAGAAAAAUAAGUUUCGAUGCCGGGUUUCAAGUACAGAAAAACGGCUUGUAAAGUUAAAGGAGAGGAUUUGGUAAGUUUGCUUCUUUAGUUCUUACCGGUGCGGCGUGUGAAAUAGGUCAGAUAGUCGAGAUAGAUGACUCAAAACUCGCACUAGACGUGCGUGGAAAGGGUUUUGGUUGGUUGGUUUUUUGUUUUUGUUUUCAAGCUUUCAAGAGUUAUUUCCAUACGAGUUAAUUAGCUGUUGGAUCGACCUAUAAGACCCUAUAAACAGAAUUGUCUAAACCCUUACCUGUCGUUGAUUUAUCGCAGACUGCGAAAUUCUACGAAACUGAGCCUCCUCUUAUGGGGCUGCUGUGCGACAAUGGACAGUGCGCCAAGAAACAAAAUGGCGAAGCAUGGUACUCUACCAGAAUUCAUGUACCAGAGAGAGUGUGUCGCAUUAGACAACCCGGUCACCAUCACUUCUGCGCAACAUGCAGGUGCCAAGGCCACCGAAACAGUGGAUGACCAAAUAGCAGAAGAUGAUACAGCAGAUGAGGAAUUGGUGGAUGAGUUCGAUCCUAGCAGUGAUGAGGAAAUUGAGGAAACUACUGAUGAAAGUGCGCUAGUUCUUCAAGGAACUCUUCAAGGGGAAAUCGGAAGCGCAGCAAACUUCCUCCUUGGUGCACGAUCUCGAUUUGGCAGAGUUAUUCGAUUUAAUAACCGUUUAUUGUACUGAAAGACGGUUGCAUUUGUCCGAUGCUGCUACGGAUAGACUGGCCUACACUUGACCGGAAAUUGGGGGAUAUGCGUGAUGACGUGUUUUGACUACCACUACCACUACUACCAGAAUCCUUUACGAUUUUCCUGUUUUGUGCAAGUUAGAGCGUUAAAUUUGUUAUAUAACGCUUUGAAAUUAACAAAUUUAAUAUGAAAGGGAAAACUAAAUGUAUUCAAGUAGUAGUAGUAGUUGUACACGGUUCACAGUCCCCUAUUUUUCCGUAAGACCAUCGAGAUCGAGCGCUUUGCGUUACUGGCGGCCAUAUUGCAUCCCGACGGUCUCACGAAAAAGUAGGGAACUGUGAACAGUCUAAACCGGUUGUAGUAGUAAUGACGCCAUCAUGCAAAUGCCCUUUAGAAAACUGUUUUAAGGUAAGAGAAUUGUUAUUCACUAUUAGGACUGUAUUAGGGAUCACGCCUCACUGUAUACUUCUCGUUUUGUAUACUCCUACCAAAAGGUUGAACGAAUGAAGUUUACUUUUCAGUGAAAAUUUUCGAAAAAUUUGCGAACUACCAAAAUAUUAAAAAAAAACAUGGACAUCUUUGUGCAUAAAUGCCUGAAAUAAUUAAACGCGAUAGAUGGAAGCAACCAUAAGUAUGCGGAACCGAUUAUAAAUGUAUCGGUAUCGGUAUUUAGUCGAUUUGCGACGCGGUAUUUCGGUAUUUGCCAUUUUUUCGUACGGUAUUGCGGUAUUGGGUACCCCCCAAUGUCCCCCUCCUACAGGUUUUCACGAUCGGGUAAUUUGGUAAUUUGAAUUGAAAUAUAGUCCAGACCAUCAAACAGGUUAAGGUUUUAGAAAGAUUCAUAGGUUUUCCUAUAAAAUAAGAAUUUAUCACGGUUGUUUAAGUUUCGAACGCCUGGUGCGCAACUAGGGAAAAACACUCAGAAUUACCCUAUCUUUUUAUUGCAGGUUUCGAAUGUCCAAUAUGUGGCUGAGAUUUGUGCCAAGUUUGAAAAAUAUCUUGAUAGUAAAUCAUUUUCAAGGGAAUUACUUUAAGAAAUUGAAACCAGAAAGGUUGUUAUUACGACAACACUGAAACAUUUGGAAGUAGAGCACAAAAAAAUUUACUGACGACGCAACUUUUAUUUUAAAAGUUUGCCUAAAGUUAUUACCAUUUCCUUUGUUGUAGCAAUUGCAGAGGUUUACAAGAAUGAGGGUAACGAUGAAUACAACAAGAACAAUUUCAACAGCGCCAUUUUCUUCUACACUGAAGGAAUCAAAGUGAACUGCAAGGAUGAAGAUCUUAACGCGAAACUGUACAGCAACAGGGCAGCGGCACACUUUAACUUGGGUAAGAAGUUGCUUUAUAUUAAUUGUUUUAAAUACCUUAUCUUUUGUCUAAUGAAAGUGAUGUAGGCAGCAACUUGCAAAGGAUUUUCUUAGUUGUUUUAAAGACGUUGUUAAAGUAGUUCUAGAGCCACCCCUCCCCUCUAUAGCUUUCUAAGCUGUUACAAUUCUGUUUGCGCAUUUCUUUUUUCACAGGA